CCAAAAUGCUUUGCGUGUUAUCCACUCUACUGGUUCGCACUCAAAGACACUAUGGCAGCUGCGUUAUCUCGUGCGUUGAAAUUACCCGGAAAGAAAAGCCAUGACUUGGGAGAGUAUGACCCUUUGACCCAAGCUGACAGUGAUGAAAGUGAAGAUGAAUUGGUGCUGAACUACCCCAAGAAUGGCUUCACACAGAAUGGUAUUGUGACCAGUGAGCCACGAUCUAACCCAGUGAGUUCUGGCCAUCGCCCAGCAGCAGGUUUAACAGAAGAGGUGCACAAACAGCAGUCACAGAGAUGGACCUCGGAGGAAAAGCACGAAGUGGAGCCGGUCUCUGACUCAAACACAAAGGCCCAAACUGGACUAGUGCCUGUUCUGCGCACUGCGGCUUUCUUACUGACAGUCUUGACGUGCACAUUACUGGUACUGCUGUGCGCUUUUCUCAUACCCUGCAGACAGGGUGCAUUUUGGCCAGCCCAGUGGAACAAAAGCUUUGAACAGCCAGGCGAGGUUGCACUGCCUCCAUUAGAAAUAUGGGAUGUAGACAACAACAGUAUCCCUGAUGUCCUCAUUUCCAUGUCCCUGCCAAUCAACGAGAGCAAUGGGAGAGAUGAAAAUUCAGUCAGGGCUCUGUCUGGCAUCGAUGGAGAGACCCUGUGGACUCAACCCAUACCAGAAGAAGUACGUUUCAUUCAGUGUGGAUUGCAGGGCUUAGGAACAGGGACUGAAGAUGUAUGCCUUCUAAUUGGCACUACCCAACUACUGAGAGCUGUCUUUGCAAGAACAGGUGCCACCUUGUGGGAAAUUAAGGCUGGUUUGGUGCAGGAAGAGAUUGUUGCUCCUGCUCUUCAGGUGAUGGAUUUAGAUGAAGACAGCAAGCCUGAUCUGCUGGUGACUGUUCUGCCUGCAGAGGAGCAGUUUGACAUCUCCUUUCUGCUCAUCUCUGGAGCAAAUGGGUCUCCAGUUGGUGCCCCAGUGUCCUUUAACUUGACUGGCCAGGGGAAACUUAUUGGACCACAGCUGCAUGUAACCAAAGGAGGGGCACACUACAUUUUGUUUGGCUAUGGCAGCGUGGAAGCCACUUCUUUGAGGGACAUAUUCAUUCAGGCAAACAAGAAGGCAGUACUGCCCCAAAAUCUGCGUCCCCGGGAACAGAGCUGGGAGAAGCUGAGAAGAGUAAACUCCUCCAAUCUUAUCCAUAUUUUCAGUGGUCUGGUUGAGCACCUGGUCUCGCUGUCCCUCACACCAGUAAACUGCAGUGAUCUUCUGGUGGCCUCCAAGUCACGUCUGUCUUUGCUGAAAGGUAGAGACCUGCAGCUUCGCUGGAGCACUCCAAUCCACAGCCUUCACAGCCCACCUACAGUUGGCAUUUUCAAUGAAGACAAGACCCCAGAUAUUCUGCUUCAAGAGUCAUUCGACAACGGGCUCAAGAAGGUUCUGGUCAUUGAUGGUUACACCGGGCAGAGUCUGUGGCAGGCAGUGUUUCUUUCACACCAAAGAGAUGUAGAAGGGACAUCCAUCAUGACAUCUACUGGCCAAUCAGCUUUUCUCUUCUGGGGUGGAGCAUUUCAUCCAGGAAAGAAUGGAUCCACAACUGUACCUGAAUCCAGUCAAGAUACCGCAGGCCUGCAGCACUUGUACCUCCUCCAUCCUAUGUACCCCACAAUUCUACUGGAACUCACCUCCAAUGCUGACCAUGUUGUGAAGACAGCAGUUCGGCCCGUAGCACAGAAGAAGGAUGGCUUUUACGUUUCCAUAGCGACACGACCGAGUCUAAAUGCAUCCAUCCGCAGGCCAAGAGAUCAAGUGGUGACCAGGCUAAGCUUGAAAAAGGCUGUGGCCCACAGCAAAGUCGUGACAAUGGCUGCGCCUUCGCAUACCCUCGGCCCUUUUGAAGUGAGGAAUUUUUUCAGCAAAUUGAAUUUUAAAGAGCAGUGAAAGACUUGCCUGAUUGGCCCACCGAAGCAGACUGCAAAGAAUUCAAUUUGUAUGUUUCCAUGGAGCACAAAAUGAAGACUGGAAGCAAACCUCUGUCUGUGACUAUAGCAACAAGAUGCUGUUCUGUCUGUUUUCUGCUGGAUUCAUUCAUUUAUUGCUUUUUUCCUCUAAAAUUGUCUUUUUAAAAAAGAAAGUUUAGCACUUUAGUAGUCACAAGGCAGUAGAAUAAGAUAUAAGAGAGAGAAACUUGAAAAUCAUUCUGAACUGUAAAGCUGAAAAGCAGCCACAGAGGAUCAGCAUUUAGUGUCACGCUGGCUACAUUGUCCAGUAUAAUGGAUAAUUGACCAGUCCAGUAAUACUGGCUGACAGGUUGAUUACUGACUAGGAAAAAACUAAUGUGGUAUUACCAAACUCAACGUCUUAAUAGUCCUUGGCAUUCCCUCCGGUACUGCGGAGUGUCUUCUGCCAUUACUGACCACAGGGGAUGUGACCUGGUAUUUCUAACUGGCCAAGCCUAGGUGACUAACCAGGCUGGUAUUACUAACCAGGUGAAUUCCAAGUCAUUUCCUUCAUGAAACAAUGCAAACCACUAACGACAUUUUGGUCUAGUCUGAUAUUUUUAAUCAAAGCAGCUCCACUCUGCUAUUACUGGCCAGGGACACUUUCUAACCAGACAUGACUGCAGCAGCUAGGGAGGCUGAGGCCUGCGAUUACUGACCAAACAGGAUCCCUCUCAUCUGAUAUUACUUAUGAGGGAUGUUACAGUCAAGCAAAUAGUCAGGACCUUCUAAUCUAGUAUUAUAAAGGCAGGUGGGUAGGUGAUGAUGACGACGACAAUGAUGAUGAUGUUCUAAUCCAGUAUUGCUAAUCAGGGAUCUUUCUCAGUAUUACUUAACCAGUGAAGUUCUCAUCUGUUAUUGCUCUCUAGGGAAGGUCUAGUCCUGAAUGAUCAACUAUGGAGGUUUUUCUAAAAAUAGUAGGAACUAGUGAGGCCAGGGUCUGGCAUUAUUGACCACUGCAUGAUCGGCCAGAGAGACCUAGCCCAGUAUUACCAGUCAGUGAUUCUCUAACGCAUUAAGAAUUAGAAAUGGUCUACACUGGCAUUACUGGCCACAAAAAAUACAGGCUGUUAUUACUGAACAUUGUAAUUCUUAUCAUGGACCACAGCAAAUUAUUAGUGUUCUGAUCCAUGAUUAGGCAUUAUUGAUCAGAGAUGCUCCGGUGUGAUAUGCCUGUGAGGCACAUCUUACUACUGAACCAUGAAGUUCUAACGUAGAAUAUUACCAACUAAUUAUGUGUUACAAAUCUAGCUGGAUUUAGCCUUGUAUCGCUGGGCACUCUCUGAUCCACUUCUACUCAUACUAAUAAUCUGGCAUAAGUGAUCAGAAAGUCAAUGCUAUCAGCAGGGAGCCAAUCUCAGUUGAAUUGAUUGAACUGAAUUCAAAGCCUGAAUCACGUUAUGAAUUGUAUUGUGGGAUAUGUAUAUUGUCUUUAGCCUACUAGGGAGGAGUCCUCACUAAACUGUUAAAUUCCAGUUUGACGUUACUGAUAGUAAACAUGCAAAGGAAGCUAAGGUGGUCUGAGCUGGUGUUACAGACCAGCAAAAUUCUACUUUGAUAUUCUAGUCCAGUGUUACCAAUUAGGGAGGCUGUAGUUGAAAUUUAUUAUUCUUAGUUCUAGCCCACCACUAUUAACAAGGGAGUUUUUAAGCCAAAGUUUGCCAAUCUGACCAUUUCUAGUCUACUGCUUCUUAAUUGGGUGGUCUGAUCUGCCAAUACUGGCCAGUGAAAUUCUAAUCUGGUCAGGAAACUCUAGUCCAAAGCUAACCCUUUAGUCAUAUUUGUCCAAGCCAAGAUGUAAUAUACUAUAUCUAACGAGAGGUUCAAGUCUGGCAUAACUGAUCAGAACUACAGGAACCAGGGCUGCAUCAGCGAGCAGACAGACUCUAGUCGGACAUUACUGACCGGGAGGAGGCUCAUCAAACAGAUGCAAACACACAAUUGAUCUUCAUCUGGUAGAAGUAAUAUCAAGAUUUAUUUGUUUUAUGUUGUAGUAUUUAUUGAUGUAUUUAUUUAUUAUUUAUUAAAAGUAGAACCUUAAAUGUGGAACGUUAGCUGUUUUGCAUUUUUGUAUACAAUAAAAUUGAUGCUCAUGUACUGUCA